ACCGCCCUCUCAAUAGAUCAACGUCACUCCCCAUCUUGUUCCUCUUGGUCGCCACCACCCCCACUGGUCAAAGGCAGCGCCACCCACAUCACAGUACAAGCCAAGGCACGCCAAGGCAGAGAGGAGGACCAGGCGUAGGUGGAUGCUGUGAGCCCGCCUUGUCGGCCCCCAUUCACACACCAGGCACAUGGAGCAUCCGGCGCCGGCGCCGGAGCCGAUGCUGCUCGACGAGCAGCCCCCCACCGCAGUCGCCUGCGAGAAGAAGCAGCAGGAUGGCGAGGCGCCGUAUGCGGAGGGGAACGACGCCAUGACCGGCCACAUCAUCUCUACCACCAUCGGCGGCAAGAACGGCGAGCCCAAGCAGACGAUUAGCUACAUGGCAGAGCGCGUUGUGGGCACUGGUUCGUUUGGCAUCGUCUUUCAGGCUAAAUGCUUGGAAACUGGGGAGACGGUGGCCAUUAAGAAGGUACUGCAGGACCGGCGGUACAAGAACCGUGAGCUGCAGCUUAUGCGUUCGAUGAACCAUUCCAAUGUUGUCUCCCUCAAGCACUGCUUCUUCUCAACCACAAGUAGAGAUGAGCUGUUUCUGAACCUUGUCAUGGAGUAUGUCCCGGAGACGCUCUACCGCGUGCUUAAGCAUUACAGUAAUGCCAAACAGGGGAUGCCACUUAUCUAUGUCAAGCUUUACACCUAUCAGCUAUUCAGGGGGCUGGCGUACAUUCAUACUGUUCCAGGAGUCUGUCACAGGGAUGUGAAGCCACAAAAUGUUUUGGUUGAUCCUUUAACACAUCAAGUUAAGGUCUGUGACUUUGGAAGCGCAAAAGUUCUGGUGGCGGGUGAGCCCAAUAUAUCAUACAUAUGCUCACGCUACUACCGUGCUCCGGAGCUUAUAUUUGGUGCGACUGAAUAUACAUCAUCGAUAGAUAUAUGGUCAGCUGGUUGUGUUCUUGCAGAACUGCUCCUUGGUCAGCCAUUAUUUCCAGGAGAGAGUGCAGUCGAUCAACUCGUAGAGAUAAUCAAGGUUCUUGGAACACCAACUCGGGAGGAAAUACGUUGCAUGAACCCGAAUUAUACGGAGUUUAGGUUUCCGCAGAUAAAAGCUCAUCCUUGGCACAAGGUUUUUCACAAGAAAAUGCCUCCUGAAGCCAUAGAUCUUGCUUCACGUCUUCUUCAAUAUUCACCAAGCCUCCGCUGCACUGCUCUUGACGCAUGCGCGCAUCCUUUCUUUGAUGAGCUACGGGAGCCUAACGCGCACCUGCCAAACGGACGCCCGUUCCCACCUCUGUUCAACUUCAAGCAUGAACUGGCCAAUGUUUCACAAGACCUCAUCAACAGGCUUGUACCUGAACAUGUUCGCCGACAAGCUGGUCUCGCUUUCUUGCAUGCAGGGAGCUAAAUAUGCACACGGGUGCCCUCAACCCUGCACCUUGUUGUUUUGCCAUGGGCGAAGGGUGGUGGUUUAAGAUGGAGGCAGGUCAGAUGAUCCCUGGAGUGAUAUAUGCCAGAUUCCAAUUAUCAGAAGUACCGGUAGAGCACCGAGGAAUAACAACUGUGUAGAUCAUCUGCCAGGGAAGGAGCCUUGCUUGAGUAUUCAGUAGUGAAGUGGUAAUAUCAUUCGGAUUGGUGUACCGGUUGAGGAGAUGGAAACAGCAUAGCCUUAGGCCAUGGACCGAGUUUUCUUUCAGUUUUUGCCCUAUUGUAAGAGUUAAUAGCUUCUUAAUGUAUUGUACUAGCUCGUAUGUUGUCAACUGUCUCGUUCUCCAUUCCUGAUGUAAAUUGUUGCAGUAAACUUCGCUGUUCAAUAAGUUCCCUGACAUGCA